UAAUAUUUAUAAUAAUAAUCAAUAAUUAUGUGGUGGAAUAAAAUGAUCUGGGGGACAUUUUUAUUAUUUAUAUCGACUUUAUAUCUGACUGUCUAUGCUGAAGAUGAUACCAUGGGACCUGUUUACAUAAAGGAACCACCGAAUCGUGUUGAUUUCUCAAAUACAACUGGUGCUGUUGUUGAAUGUUCUGCAAGAGGUAAUCCUCCACCGGAAAUUAUUUGGGUACGAUCUGAUGGUACUGCUGUUGGCGAUGUUCCUGGACUACGACAGGUGUUGGCUAGUGGUAAUCUAGUUUUCCCACCUUUCCGAGCUGAAGACUAUCGACAAGAGGUACACGCACAAGUAUACGCCUGUUUAGCACGCAACUCAGUUGGUGAAAUUCAUUCGAGAGAUGUUAAUGUCCGAGCAGUUGUUCAACAAUUUUACGAUACUGACGUAAAUAAGGAAUAUGCAAUUCGUGGUAAUUCAGCUGUUAUGAAAUGUGUUGUGCCAUCUUUUGUUGCUGACUUUGUGACAGUCGUCUCCUGGCAUACAGACGAUGGUGAAGAAUUUUUUCCAGGCACUGAUUAUGACAGCAAAUAUUUGGUACUACCAUCCGGUGAAUUACACAUUCGUGAUGUUGGCCCUGAGGACGGAUACAAAUCAUAUCAAUGUCGUACAAAACAUCGUCUUACUGGUGAAACCCGACUUAGUGCAACGAAAGGACGAUUGGUCAUUACUGAACCAGUUGGUGCAAAAUCUCCAACAUUUUUAACGGACGAUAAAGUGAAUUCAUUUAGUCGACCAAUGGGACAUGAUAUCAUCGUGCUCUGUCAAGCACAGGGAUUCCCUGUUCCUGUUUAUAGAUGGUAUAAAUUUAUCGAAGGAACUUCUCGAAAACAAGUUGUAACUUUGGAUGAUCGAGUUAAACAAGUUUCUGGAACAUUGAUUAUUAAAGAAGCACGUGUCGAAGACUCUGGAAAAUAUUUAUGUGUCGUUAAUAAUUCAGUUGGUGGGGAGAGUGUUGAAACUGUCUUAACCGUAACCGCUCCACUUAAAGCUAAAAUUGAACCCACAACACAAACAAUUGAUUUUGGAAGACCGGCUACAUUCACUUGCAUAUUUGAAGGAAACCCAAUAAAAACAAUUAGUUGGUUAAAAGAUGGUAAACCAAUUGGACAUGAAGAUGCUGUUUUAAAAAUUGAAUCAGUCAAGAAAGAAGAUAAAGGAAUGUACCAAUGUUUUAUUCGAAAUGAUCAAGAAAGUGCGGAAGCUACUGCUGAGUUAAAACUUGGAGGACGAUUCGAACCCCCACAAAUACGACACUCAUUUUCAGAAGAAACAUUACAACCAGGAUCUUCAGUCUUCUUGAAUUGUAUUGCAACUGGAAACCCAACACCUGAUAUUGCAUGGUAUUUGGACGGAAAGAAAAUUGCCAAUAAUGAUCGAAUGCAAGUUGGACAAAUAGUCACGCUCAAUGGAGAUGUUGUUUCUCACUUCAAUAUUUCUUCAAUUCAUACAAACGAUGGUGGAUUAUAUCGAUGUGUUGCUACAAGCAAAGUUGGUUCCGCAGAACAUGCAGCUCGACUUAACGUAUAUGGAAUCCCAUUCAUUCGACCCAUGGACAAGAAAGCAAUUGUUGCUGGUGAAACUUUAAUUGUGACAUGCCCAGUCGCUGGUUAUCCCAUUGAAAGUAUUGUCUGGGAACGAGAUGGACGAGUUCUACCAAUCAACCGAAAACAGAAAGUCUUCCCAAAUGGUACACUUAUCAUUGAAAACGUCGAAAGAAAUUCAGAUCAAGCUACAUACGCAUGCGUUGCCCGAAAUGCUCAAGGUUACAGUGCUCGCGGAAACUUAGAUGUUCAAGUUAUGGUUCCACCACAAUUAAUACCCUUCGAUUUCGGUGAUGAGCCAAUUGAUGCUGGCGAUUUAACAACAGUACAAUGUGCUGUGGCAAAAGGUGACUAUCCAAUUGAUUUGAAUUGGAGUCUUAAUGGACAACCCAUUCCAGGAAUUGCACGGCAUAGUUCAAAUGAUUCAGUAACAAUUGGGAAAUUUGGUAAAAAAAUUAGUGUCUUAUCAAUUGACUCUGUAACUGCCGAAGAUAGUGGCAACUACACGUGUCAAGUACAGAAUGCCGCAGGAGUUGCAACACAUACUGCACAAUUAUUUGUAAAUGUUCCACCAAGAUGGAUCUUAGAACCUACUGACAAAGCUUUUGCACAAGGUUCUGAUGCUAAAAUUGAAUGUAAAGCUGAUGGUUUUCCCAGACCAAUGGUUACAUGGAAAAAAGCUGCAGGGAAAACACCCGGAGAUUAUAAAGAUUUUAAACCAAAUAACCCAGAUAUCAAAGUUGAAGAAGGUACAUUGACGAUUAAUAAUAUCCAAAAAGCUAACGAAGGUCAUUAUUUAUGUGAGGCUGUGAAUGGUAUCGGUUCUGGUUUAUCAGCAGUUAUUUACAUUAGCGUACAAGCUCCACCUCAAUUCGAUAUCAAAUUACGUAAUCAAACAGCACGAAGAGGCGAACCUACAGUAUUACAAUGUGAAGCAAAAGGUGAAAAACCAAUUGGAAUCUUAUGGAACAUGAAUAAUAAACGACUCGAACCAAAAUCUGAUAAUCGUUAUACAAUUCGUGAAGAAAUUUUACCAAAUGGUGUACUCUCCGACUUAAGUAUUAAACGAACAGAACGAGCUGAUUCGGCUUUAUUCACUUGUGUAGCAACAAACGCAUUCGGUAGUGAUGACACUAGUAUUAAUAUGAUUGUACAGGAAGUACCUGAAGUACCAUAUGGAACUAAAGUUUUGGAUAAAAAUGGACGAUCUGUUGAAUUAUCGUGGGCUGCACCUUAUGAUGGAAAUUCACCAAUUACACGUUUCGUUAUUGAAUAUAAAAUUAGUCGUGGAACAUGGGAAGCUGAUACUGAUCGAGUUUUAGUUCCUGGUCAACAGACGGAAGCCGGUGUUUAUAAUUUACGACCAGCUACAACAUAUCAUUUAAGAAUUAUUGCUCAAAAUGAAAUUGGAUCAUCUGAUCCAUCAGAACCAGUUACAAUUAUCACUGCCGAAGAAGUGCCUAGUGGACCACCAACUGAUAUCAAAGUAGAACCAUUAGAUCAACAUACAUUGAAAGUUUGGUGGAAGCCACCUGUACGAUCAGAAUGGAAUGGAGAAAUUUUAGGAUAUUAUGUUGGAUAUAAACUUGCAUCGUCCGAUAAACCAUAUUUAUUUGAAACUGUUGAUUUUAGUAAAGAAGAAGGCAAGGAACAUCAUUUACAAAUUGGAAAUUUAAAAACGUACACACAAUAUUCAGUAGUAGUGCAAGCUUUUAACAAAAUUGGUGCAGGUCCAAUGUCCAAGGAUUAUAAACAAUACACUGCCGAAGGUAUUCCAGAACAGCCACCACAAGAUACCACCUGUACAACAUUAACAUCACAAACAAUUCGAGUCUCUUGGGUCUCCCCUCCAUUAACUUCAGCCAAUGGUGUUAUCAAAGGAUACAAAGUUAUUUAUGGUCCAAGUGAAUCAUGGUUCGAUGAAAAUACAAAAGAUGCAAAAAUUACCGCCUCCAGUGAAACAAUUUUACAUGGAUUACGAAAAUACACAAAUUAUAGCAUGCAAGUUUUAGCUUAUACUUCUGGAGGAGACGGUGUUCGAAGCGCACCAAUUCAUUGUCAAACUGAACAAGAUGCCCCUGGUGCACCUACAACCGUUAAAGCCUUAGUUAUGUCUGGUGAUUCGAUAUUAGUCAGCUGGAAACCACCAACACAACCAAACGGUGUAGUUGUCCAAUAUACAGUAUAUGUACGAGAAGAAAAUCCCGAAAAUCCAGACAUUGAACCAAGAAGUCAAAAAGUUCAACCGUUCCAAAUGACAUACGAAGCAACUGACUUAGAUAAGAACAAACGUUAUCAAUUCUGGGUAACUGCCUCAACAAAUAUCGGCGAAGGUGAACCAUCUGCGACAGUAAGCUUAUCUCCAAGUGCAAGAGUACCUGCAAAGAUUGCGUCUUUCGAUGAUCAAUUUAUUGCUACCUACAAAGAGGAUGUGAAGUUACCAUGCGUCGCAGUCGGUGUUCCACAGCCAGAAAUUACAUGGAAAGUCAAAGGACAAGUAUUCACAGCAAACGACCGUAUGCGAUUACUUCCAGAAGGCUCAUUAUUUAUUAAAGAAGUAACUCGAGUUGAUGCAGGCGAUUAUACAUGUAAUGUUGAAAAUUCAUUCGGGCACGAUACCGUUACCCAUAAGUUAGUCGUUCACGCUCCACCUCAAGCACCACAAGUUACAAUCACAGCAACAACAACGAACUCAAUUACGCUUAAAUUACGACCACAUGAAGGCGAUAAUGCUCCCUUACAUGGCUACAUGAUUCAUUAUAAACCGGAAUUCGGAGAAACGGAAACUGUUCAAGUAACUGGAACUAAGCAUACACUUGAUGGACUCUUGUGUGGAUCUAGAUACCAAAUUUACGCUACUGCUUAUAACAGUAUUGGAACUGGUGAUCAAUCAGAUAUUCUAAACACAAGAACAAAAGGAUCAAAACCAAUUAUUCCAGAAGGUCGAAGAUUUAUUGAAGCGUCAACGAACAGUAUUACAUUACAUUUAAGCGCAUGGUCAGAUGGUGGAUGUCCAAUGUUAUAUUUCGUCGUAGAACACAAAAAACAGAAUCAAAUUGAAUGGAAUCAAGUGUCAAAUAAUGUUAAACCAUCAGGAAACUUUGUAGUUUUGAAUUUGGACCCAGCAAGUUGGUACAAUUUACGAGUUACCGCUCAUAAUAAUGCAGGAUUUUCAGUUGCUGAAUACGAAUUUGCCACUUUAACGUCUACAGGAGGUACAAUUCCACCCCCAGCACGUGAUAACAUACCAAAUGUACAACAAUUUUUCCCAUGGAUACCAACAUGGAUUGAUUUAAAUGUGGUGGUCCCAGCCACAGCAACGGUUGUUGUUAUUGUUGUUGGUAUUAUUGUCAUUUGUGUGGCAUUCUCACGACGUAAUCGAGGACCUGAACAAACACGCCUUAGAGGAGAUUAUGACAUUGUAUACAAUCAAUCAGUAAACGCAAAUUCAACAUUGGAUAAAAGACGACCAGAUCUACGUGAUGAACUUGGAUACAUUGCACCACCAAAUCGUAAACUACCACCUGUACCUGGAUCCAAUUACAAUACAUGCGAUCGUAUCAAGCGAGGUCAGGGUUCAUUCCGUUCACAUUCAACAUGGGAUCCUCGCAGACAUAUGUAUGAGGAAUUACAACAUCAUGCCCGCAGAUUAGGUUCCAAUGAAACAGUUCACACUCAUAAAGGUAUGGAAGAUGAAAUUUGCCCGUAUGCCACAUUCCAUUUAUUAGGUUUCCGAGAAGAAAUGGAUCCAAGCAAAGCUAUGCAAUUCCAAACAUUCCCUCAUCCAAAUGGAAUGCCAGUUGGACACAGUGGAACAAUGGGACCAAGCGGUAUGCCACCAAGUCAAUUACAUUCACGAAGCGGAUCACAAUCAAUGGUAUGUAAUAAAUUACCUCCAAAAUCGAAAGUUUCGUUUAAAUUUCGUUUAAAAACGAAACACUCUGAGUAUAUAUGAAUAAACAUUUACUUCUAGCCAAGACAAAAUGGACGAUAUGGUCGAAUGCCAAGCCAAGGAAAUGGAUCAGUAUUCUCACCAGGACCUGAAUAUGAUGACCCAGCAAAUUGUGCCCCAGAAGAUGAUCAAUAUGGUUCACAAUAUGGUGGUUAUGGUGCUCCAUACGAUCAUUAUGGUAGUCGAACAUCAGUGGGUCGUCGUAGUGUUGGAUCUGCACGUAACUUACCAAUGAAUGGCAGUCCUGAACCACCACCACCUCCACCACGUAACCAUGAUCCAAAUAAUUCAUCAUUUAAUGAUUCUAAAGAGAGUAAUGAAAUAUCAGAAGCAGAAUGUGAUCGUGAUCAUCUAGUCAGUGCACGAAAUUAUGGAGACAAUGACAGUGUUAAUAUGAGAGCAGGCAACAAGGAUGGCAUGACCACCGAAGAAAUGCGCAAACUGAUUGAGAGGAAGCCAAACGAAGCAGGGAUGCAACAACACCACCAAAACGGGGGACUCCUCACAACCUACGAUACUGUGGCAGUGUAAUUUGUAAACAAAUACAAACAAACAAAAUUCCUAAAAAAAAACCAUCUGUAUCGAGGCUGAACAAAACGCAACGUUCCCGCAAACUUCUUCUCUCAUCGCUCAUUUAAAAAAUAAUAAUUUUUCUAUAAAUAACAUACACAAAUGUGCUUUCAAAUAAUAACUUUUUUAAAGUUUUCUUUUUUGUAUUUAUGUUCGUCGAUAUUAUAUUAUAGGUAGGCAUUUACAAAGAUAAAGGCACAUAUUUAGUUUAUAAGAACAAUUUUCACUACGUCUGUUAUUUAUCCAUAUUUUUUUUUGUUAAUUUUUAUUCUUUAUUAAAUUAUAUUUGUAGGUUCUAAUCUUCUUUAUUUUAGGUUUCGAUUUUUUAAAAACCUAAUCUUUGUAAAUG